CGCCAGGACAGGCCGGGGUCGGAAGUAGAGGUGGGGCGCCGCCAUGACGUGUUGAGCCUAAGUGGGAUGGGCUGCUUGUCCGCACUGCGACCGGAAAGGCGAAGCAGUGAGGGCUGGGCUGGAUGCCGCCAUGACAACCGAAUACCGGAAAAGGCGGGUCGGGUCGCCUUGACUGAGCCCACGCCGGCACCGGUCUUGACAUGCAGGCAGCCCUGGAGGUCACUGCUCGGUACUGUGGUCGAGAGCUGGAUCAGUAUGGCCAAUGUGUGGCAGCCAAACCUGAGUCAUGGCAGCGGGACUGUCACCACCUUAAGAUGAGCAUUGCUCGGUGCACAUCCUCCCACCCAAUCAUCCGCCAGAUCCGCCAGGCCUGUGCUGAACCUUUUGAGGCCUUUGAAGAAUGUCUUCGACAGAAUGAAGCAGCUGUUGGCAACUGUGCUGAGCAUGUGCGUCGCUUCCUGGAGUGUGCUGAACAGGUGCAGCCUCCACGUUCAUCUACAACUGUAGAGGCACAGCCGCUUCCUGCCUCCUGAGGAUGCUAUGACUUCAGGAAAACUGGACAAGAGUAACUGGCCCCUUGAUGCCCCCACCCUCAGCAGAGUGGCCAUUUGGAAUCCUGAGGGCCCUGGUGGUUGUCCUGGCUUUCCUGGACAUCAGGACUUCCAAUAAAGAAAGACUGUAUACUGGG